GAGUGGCAGCCCUGGCACAGCAUCGCUGAGAAAAACCUCCCGAGCUGCAGUGUCCGCCUGUGCUGUGUGCACCUCGUCCCCCCGGAUCCCUCCGGGCCGUUAAAAGCCGCCAGGCGUGUGCCAAAAAAAAACAAACCCCAAAAACGGUGGAUAAAUGAGACUGGAGAUGUGUAUUUAUCUCGGGCACUGCUAGAGAAGAGUAUUCUUUAGGGGGGGGGGAGAUAAUCAAAGCUCCUGUCCUGUGCGCGCCGGGACAUCUGCGCUGUGAGGGGAAAAGCUGAAGGGAGCAGCGAGCUGAAGGAGGAUAUUUUACGCACAGCAGCCGUUGCCAAGUUGUCCCGUUUCCUCGAAACGCUUGUCGCCUAUUCUGCUCAGGACUCAACAAGAGUCCGGUCGUCGGGGUUUUUCACUUCACCUCAGCUACAGGAAUGGAUUCGCUCAUCAUAGCGGCUCUGGCACUGUGCUCUCUGGCCGCACCGGUCUGUGGGGACAAAGGGACCAGCAAAGCGCGGAGUUGUUCGGAUAUCAAGCAGUUUUACCAUGGAAAGGGAUUCCCUUCGGAAAAUGUCCCUCAAUUUGAAAUAUCAGGAGAGCACCUGCGCAUCUGUCCUCAGGGUUACACCUGCUGCAUCAGUGAAAUGGAGGACAACCUGGCAACGCUGAGCCGCAGAGAGGUGGAAGGGAUUCUUAAAGAUGCUGGACGGAACUUGCAGAGCAUACUUGGUCGACAGUACAAGGACUUUGAUGGUUACUUCCUUGAGUUGCUGAAUCGCUCCGCCGUAAGCCUACAGGAGACCUUCACCUCAACUUGGGGUUCUGUGUACUCAGAGAAUUCCCAGGUUUUCUCUGAACUAUAUACAGAUUUGACUGUCUACUACCGAGGCGCCAAUGUCAACCUGGAAGAAGUGCUCAAUGAAUUCUGGGCCAAGCUCCUGGAGAGGCUCUUCUACCACGCAAACAAGCAGUAUCCAAUAGGUGAAGACUACCUGGAGUGUGUAUCGAAGCAGAUAGAGACACUCCGGCCCUUUGGAGAAACAUCUCGUACACUGACCUUAAAAGUCACCCGUUCAUUUGUGGCAGCGCGCUCAUUCGUUCAGGGAUUGGUGAUCAGUGGGGAAGUGGUGCGCAAAGUGUCUCAGGUGCCACUGAGCCAGGAGUGCAUGCGGGCCAUGAUGAAGAUGACUUAUUGUCCCCAGUGCCGUGGAAUGCCCUCCGCUAGACCUUGUGCCAACUACUGCAGCAACGUCAUGAAGGGCUGUCUCGCCAACCAGGCUGACCUCAACACUGAGUGGAGGCAUCUAGCAGAUACAAUGACAGAAGUGGCUGAGCGCCGUUUGGAUGACUUUGAUAGUAUGAUGCUCUCCCUCCCAAAUCGCAUAUCCGAAGCCAUGUUGACCAUGACGGAGAACAUAGACGCCAUCAACAGCAAGGUGUUCCAGGCAUGUGGCAAUCCCAGAAACGCAGGAACCAGCGGUACUGGAGUAAAGGACGUCAUCAACAGAAGUGGGGUGACAGUCGAGGACAGUUUUGGAGACAGCUCUAAGAAAAUGACAACAUUGGUGUCUGAUGUAGUCGUGGGACUGAGGGACAUGAAGCCGUACUGGAGUUCUCUCGCAAAGCAUUUCUGCAGCGACAGAGUGGCUCAUGGAGAGGGGGCUGAGGAAAAAUGUUGGAACGGCAUAAGUCGCGCCAGGUACCUGCCUGAGGUGAUGGGUGACGGCCUAGCCGCCCAGAUCAACAACCCUGAAGUGGAAAUCGACAUCACCAAACCAGACACGACGAUACGCCAACAAAUAAUGCAACUGAAGAUCAUGACUCACCGCCUAAAGAAUGCUCUCAAUGGCCAGGAUGUGGAGUUUUUGGACACCAGUGAUGAUGCCAGCGGCUCUGGAAGUGGCAUGUGCGCAGAUGAAAUGUGUGCCCGAGGCCCCCGCCUUGUCCCCAACACCGUUAGACCCAUGGUCUACGCCCGCCCUCCAGAAAACAAGAUGGUGAAAGCCUCAGCAGCCCAGAAGAACCUUCCAUCCAUCUCCAUCUAUCUUCUUUCACUGCUCAUUCUGCUCCUGCGGCGAUAAUUGGCAGGAGAAUCAUCUAACUGGGACUCAGUUUGGUACAUGGUGGGGUUGGGGAGAGUUUGGGAGGGGAGGACGGAGAAGUUGUGGGUCAGUUGCUUUGCCAAAAGUGAGUUUAAAGAAACGAACAAAGAAAAAAAAAUCUCUUGGAUGGACUUCCCCUUGGCUUUGAUUUAGAACAAAAUGGAGUGUUCAUCAGUGUUUUUGUUCUGCUCUUGUCCUUUAUUUCUCGCUAUUCUUUGACCCCAUUAGAGCUGGUCUUUUUACAUCUUCUAGUGUUUUUGUUUCUGGUGUUUGGGUUCUCUGAGAUUCUUUUUGCACCUCAGACAUGUGAGACUAUAAGGCUAACGGUAUGUUGGUGUUGACACCACAGAGAAAGGGAGACCGGAAAGUUCGCAGUUUGAAUUCCACUUAUGUUCAGAUGAAUUAUUUAUUUAAUAAGGAUUUUCUAUAGGCCCCUUUUUUCAAACAGAGAUAUUUAUAAACAAAAUACAGAAACCACAACCUUAAAAGAAAUGAUUUAAAGAUUACUUUUAAAGGAGGAUAAUCUGGACAGCUUUGCCCCAUCCAGGCCUCUUAGUGCAUUAAACUCUGCGGUAUCAUUGCACGGCGAGGAUGAGCGCACUCUGUCAUUUCAUCUUAAAAGCUGUUAUAAAAGCCGUGAUCACAUUCACACUGGCGUGUGUCGUGGCAGCGUGGAUCGUCCUCCACGAGCACACACACACACAUAUGUAGACACACAAGCGAAGCACAUGCCCGGCGAGAAGUCUCAGACGACAGUUUGUGGAGAGGUGUUAGCUUGAGAACGUCCUCAUAGCAAAGGAAACAUGCAACAGAACAGCACUGUAGACAGAAGCUGCACUUUGUUCAAUAUUUCUUUCAUUCACAGCAGAUCUGAAAUAUAUUACGCAUGAUUUUGUGUGUUCCUUGCAAAACCCUGUAUUGCUGUUGUUACGAUCCUAAUUUCCGUUUCAUCGGCUUUCCAUAUAUUUGUAGCAAUGAUCCAUAUGAUAGAACAAGCCACAUCAGACACGUCUUCAAAAGUAACUACUGUUUCCACGGCAAACAAAACAAUGUACAUAUUUUGAUUGCUUUUUUUUCUUUGUUUUCUUUAAAAAAAAAAAAAAGAUAACCAGUUAGGUACCAGAAUUUUCUAACAGACAGAUCAUUAUAGGGUCUCAUGUAUUUCUUUUAUUAUCUCUCACAGUAUCAAUAACUGUCUUUUAUCCAAGUUUUCUACGAGUGCCUCUUUGUUCCCAUCCCGACUCUUUCUACCUAGUUUCCCUACUCGUUAGUUGGAAAGAGCUUUAGAGCAUUCCUCAUGCUUCUACACGACGGCAUGACAAUAUGACGAUGACACGGUGCGUCAUUAUGUGACGGCCUUCCUGGGAAUGUUUUGGGAACACAGUGUGAUGCCUUUCCUGAUGAGAUGGAUCCCAGGGAGAAAUCAUGUAGCACAUUUCAAUUCAAAGACAUGUCAAAGCUCUCAUUUAAGAAUGCUGCGUGCAGGAUGAUGGGACGACGCUUGCAUGUGUGUAGGUGUUUGAAUUUGCGCUUGACUGUGUGUAACUUGUCUUAACUGAUAGCAAAAGAGGGAUGUAUGAUGAGCCUUUAUAAAUCUCUUUGGAUGGCACAGAAAAGGAAUCUAUUAAAAUGUGUUAAACUAACAUUGUAUGACAGAGAGCCAUUAAACUGACAGAAAUGGGAGAUUAUUAUAGCUCAUUUUUCAAAAAAUAGUAUUUUCAACCUACUACUGUAAUAACUCACAAUCUGUACUGAUGGUAUCUGCACUGUCAGAGUUGCACAUGGCAGUAAGAUGGAAUAUAGAGGUGGUUUUGUUUUGAAUUUUUUUGUUUGUUUGUUUUUUCUUUUACGCAUGUCAUUGCUUCAGUUGCACACAAGGACAAUCCACAAUAAUUCGUGUUGGAAAAAAAAUGAUCUACGUGCACCUGUGGAUAAUUUUCCAGCUCUUUAAGGCUUUUGUCAAGAUUUGAAAAUGAGUGAUCUUGUUGUCACAUGUGUCACAUGUGUAUUCGAUGGUACUUUCUUUUUUGAUCACAUCCCUUAUUGACGAAUUAUGCGAAUUAUGUUUAUCUAUGUGUGUCCAUGUCCGUCUCUCUGUACAUCCCUGGUUUGGAAUUCUGCCCGUGACUGCCUACUACACUUUGGGGUCACUUUUAAGAUAGAAAAAGAGAGAUAUUGCGAUAUGCAUUACUGCGGUGUGGAUUGAAUUACACAUUUUAGCAGAGAGCAAUUAGCAAGUGCAACACACGGGGCCUCUUCUUGUGACCCUUAAGAGAAAUCUGAAUAUGAAAGCGAAAGCCCUGAAAAGAAUAAUAAAUUACUCCAGCUGUUAUGGUGACAUUCCAGUUCAAAGACGACCUGUGACUUUAGACUCACCAGUUUGGUUUCAAUGACUGCCUCACAAUGUCAUCGGCUGAAAUUUGCACAACCCUAACUCCCCAACCCCUCCUCCUUCACUUUUUGAUCUCCAUUAAUCUGUUGUUGAUAGCCCCCUCCCGUUUUAUAAAACCAGCACUUUUGAGGCCACUAAAUGGCACCGUCUGCUCAAAGACAUCACAAGAUGGUCGAUCGAUGCAGGAGUCAACACCUUCCAGAAGUGACUAUUGAUUGGGAAUGUGUGCAUGCAGAUGGAUGUGGCCCCAACACGGCGACUCCUGUUUGAAGACUAUGACAGAGUGUAGACAUUGAGCCCCUGAGUGUGAGAGAAAGUUUGACAAAGGAUAGCACUGAUCUGUGAUCAGGGCGUAUCCCUCAAUCCCGCCUUCAUUCAUUACCUUCAGGUGGCAAAAAUGCAAAGCUGAUCAGCCGACCGUUUCAAAACAGCUUUAGUCCACACUGAGUUGAGAAUCGGAGGCAUUUCUGAAAGGUGCCAAUAUAUGAGGAGAAUAAUUUGUUUUUUUCUUGUUUUGUUUAACUUGAUUGUUUUGUUUUCAGAAAUCUAUGGAAAGUUUGUUCUUAUGGUGAAGAUAGAUGCCAGAAAGAGGUUGGGAAAUAUCUAAAAUGUCUCAUUUGCUGUUGUACCUGAAAUCUUGUGUCAAUUAUAUAUACAUUGUAAGAUUUUCAACA